CUUUGAUACUUUGAAGUAACAACAAAAUUCCUGGUGAAUGUUGCAAUGACCACAAGGAGGUAGCGUUCGGAUUUUAGUGAUGUGAGCCAUGAGAUGCUUGGGUAAAAGGGGAGCCAGUGUGCUGCAGAUCUGGAGAGACGCGCAGACGCGCAUUGCACCCACUUGUGCUAGCUUGUGUGGAUCACACCCAAGUAAUCUUCCCAGAUUGGAUCCCAGUGAUGCAAGGGAUGGAUGGCAGCUGUACCACCCAAGGACCAAGAUCACCGUGAAGACCACUACAAAGUCCCAAAGAUUCAACCUCGCAAUCAAGCCCGAUAGGGAGGCUGCAAUCAGGCAGUUUUGGGAGGAGUCCCGAGGAGUGGAGGAUCUGGCAUGCUUGCAUCGAUUUGCCAAUUUCGCCCGCAUAUACCCUCGCUACCGGGACCUGGACUACCUUCGGGCAUUCCUGCCACAAUGGGAUUCUGCCAUCGAUCGCAUCAUCGUACACGACAGGGGCAUGCAUCCAGCAAAUGAGCUUGCUCGAAAGCAUCCGUUCAUCCUCAACUGCAAGCUGGAGCCCUUGCGUUGGGCAAAACUGGCGGUGAGGGGUAGGUUGCCUGUGUACACCUGGACCACGGUCCUGGCUGACCUGAAACGUAACACAGGUGUGGGCAAAUCCUGCAUCACAGAUACACACUCCAGCACCAUCAAAUUCAAGAACCCAAACCGCGACUGGCAGCCUCCUCACAUGCUGCAGCCCAGCAAAGACCAGGAUGCCCUGGAAUCUGGCGAUGAUAAUGAGGCAGAUGACCGCUGGCUGGAAGCUGCAGAGGAUGCACGCCGGGAGCUUCAAUGAUUGCCUGGCCUGGAUGUCAGUCCUUCAGAUCCGCUGAGGCGCACCUGGCAAUUGGGGAGUUUAAGUGUGUUUGAGAAAGUCACAAUGCAGUGAGUGUUUUGUACUUUUGACAUGCCGUGGGUGGUGAGAGGGGCAAUGAGAAUGCUGCUUUAAAGUUGAUUGAGAGACGCUUGGACUGUGUCCAGGUGAUGCUUUUGAUAGAAUUGAGAGAUUGGGAAGACUGACAUUCAGCAAUUCAGCACGGUGCUUGUGUUGCUUUGCCGAGCACGCCAGCAACUUGUACUUUCAAAUUUCUUGUGUAGCUACAUGCAUGGGAUUUGGACUGUUAGACUGGUCAUAGAGGGUCCAGCACUGCACAUCAUAUUAACAAGAAGAACAAC